UCUUCCCUUAAAUAUUUUGUGUAGCUAACAUGCAGCAAAAACAUACAUUCAGUCAUUGUAAUGUAGGCAAAUGAUUACACAAUUCUCAAAGUCAUCGGCAAAGACAUUGCUAUGUCCACACCUGCUGGUGGAGGGGACGAACUGUCAAUGAACUUUCGACAGGUUCCGUUACCAGUAACUACUUCCAUGCCACCAAUGCAAGUAAGACCAUAGACAGCGGGUCUGGGCAGUAAAUGAGAGGCCUUACAGAUGGGGGUUAGUCGACUUGAUGUGCUUUAUAGAAGGCUUCUCCUGACCAAGCUGUUCAUCCAAGGAUGGGGAAAGCCAGAGGACCUAAAAAGAAUAUUUGAGUUCAGGAAAAUUAUUGGUGACCGAGAGAAGUGUAAGCACCUGGUACCCAAGGAUUAUCCUGUUUAUAUUGAUAAGGUAGAGGAUGAGUCAGACUGCAAAAUUCAUAAUGGCCAUUUUAUAUCACCCCUGGAGGAGAUUGUGCCAGGUGUCUUGCCAACAGAGUCCGUAAAAGCCAGGUUCCAGUUUAUCGUGCCCAAGAAAUGGAAGAAGCACCACCCCGUGUGCAUACACCUGGCAGGAACAGGUGACCACUUUUUCUGGAGGAGGCGUACCCUUAUGGCCAGGCCAAUGAUAAAGGAGGCAGGAAUGGCAUCCCUGCUGCUGGAGAACCCAUACUAUGGAUACCGGAAACCAAAAGACCAGCUACGCUCCAGUCUGAAGAACGUGUCCGACCUGUUCGUUAUGGGGGCGGCACUCAUCCUGGAGUCGGCCGUGCUGCUCCACUGGCUGGAGAGGGAGGGCUACUGGCCACUGGGCAUGACCGGAAUCUCCAUGGGCGGCCAUAUGGCAUCUUUGGCUGUGACAAACUGGCCCAAACCUAUUCCUCUGGUGCCCUGCCUCUCCUGGACCACAGCCUCCAGUGUAUUUACCACAGGUGUUUUAAGCAAAGCUGUUAACUGGAGACAACUUGAGAAACAGUAUGCCAUGCACACGGUGUAUGAAGAAGAGAUCAUAAGAAUGCUGGAGUACUGUGGGACCGAUUCAUUCAGGAUGGGCCAAGACUUUGUGAAGUUCUCCCCUGGCAGCUUUGACCUGGAGCUCUCCCAUGAACUGCUGGGCCUGGACCAGCAGGAGAGGCAGCACAUGGGCCUGCGGUCCUCGUCUCUGCGCUUACGGGCAGGCGGAGGAGGAAACGAAACGGACAGCGGCAAAGGGAGCGAGCUGUCGGGCGGGUCAGCGCACGAGCAGCUGGACCACAUGCUGUCGGCGGUGAGCAGCAGCGGGCCGCACAUCGAUAUGCUCCACGCCAAGAGCAUCGCCCGCGCCGCCGCCGGCCGAGUUGGGGCCAGGGGAGGAAUGGGUCAGCGCGACUCACUCCAGAGGCAGUCACUCUUCUUCAUGAAGGGAGUCAUGGAUGAGUGCACCCACAUUGCCAACUUCUCAGUCCCUGUGGACCCCAGCCUGAUCAUCAUAGUGCUGGCCAAGGAGGAUGCCUAUAUCCCCCGCACUGGUGUGAGGAGUCUGCAGGAGAUCUGGCCUGACUGUGAAGUUCGUUAUCUCAAUGGAGGCCACAUCAGCGCCUACCUCUUCAAACAGGGACUUUUCAGGCGAGCUAUUUAUGAUGCCUACGACCGAUUUCUUCAAAAGUAUUCCAGUCUUUAGCAGUUUGUUUUGGAACCCACUCCAUUAACAAGCAUGCUGUUAACUCAAACAAAGCCAAGGUGUGUACAGUGAAGAACAUGGUAGACUUCUGAUGACUGAAGAAUCUUGAAGGAAUCCUCAUACAAUGGGACAGAUACUGUGGUGCUAUCAGCAGCAUUAUUUGGUAUUUACAUACAAAAAAAGUAUUAGUAUUAGUAUUUAUAAGAAAAUAUCCAUUGAUCAGUUCACCUGAUCUUCAUGCCAAUCCACAACUUGUGCUAACCUGUUUUCACAGUUCCUUGCAGCACCUCCUUAUCCUGGUUGCCUUCCACUGUGUUACUACGCAUUGCAGGGAAAGUUUUUUAAUAAAAGUAUUGUAUUUUUGGAUAAAGAUAAAUGCUGUUUCACAAUGACUAUUAAAGAAGGUUCCAGUUGA